AGACCCUGGAGGGGAAGAAGGAGUCGGAACCAACACAACAGAUGGCGACAGCAUUGCAGGGGAAAGAAGCGACGACAACAACGGUUACCAGUGGCUACAGUGCACGCGCUACCACCCGCCCAAGCUGCAAAGGAACAAGAAAAAGACUGCGGCUCUAAAAAGCGGAAGUUCGGACGUAAUCCCCGCGUUCCCUUCACUCAACACCAGGUGGCGGUGCUUGAAGAGAGGUUCGAAACUCAUUACCUCUCCACGAUGGACGUCGCAGAACUGUCCGCAGCACUCACCCUCUCGGAGACUCGGGUGAAAAUUUGGUUCCAAAACCGUCGCGCCCGGGAAAGAAGAGAGCGCGAGGCCUCGCAGCGGACUCAGCUGCUGACGCAGAACACCUACCAGCCGCUGUCCAUACCUUCCGUCACGUGGGCCCUGACGUCACAGCUACCGUCCUCGUCUUUCUCGUCGCAGUUUCGGAACGACGCGAGCUUCCGGCCUGGUCUGUUCACGUCUGCCUUCAGCAGCUUCUCCACUCCUCUCCGAAUGGCAGCAGCAGCAGCGACGGCGGUGGCGGCGGCGGCGACGGAAGGCGGACCUGCAUCUUCCUGCACGUGGGUGGAGUGUGGAAGUAGAGAGGAAGGCAGCUUCUGCUGAACGGCAGUUGCCCGGAUGACCACAAACAGUUCUGCUGGGACUUUGCCGCCCACCACUACCCCUCCUGAGAUCCAAGAGUCGCUGUCCGUUCACUGAAUGUCUUCAGAGAGAUGGUCAACAGACGACAAAGUCAGGGAAGCGGUUGGAAACACCUGUGGACUUAUUUAGGAACCGAAGGUAAGUCGUUACAUGGGUAACAUGGGGAGCUCAAGGACAAUAUUCUUGUUUCCGAAGUUAUCAAUUGGUGUCCGAUCCCCGCUGAUGGCCACAGGGGCCGUAGUUAAAAAA